UGGCCCGGGCGGGGGCCGGGCCGCGAUCACCGACACCCCCGGCUCGGGCUCGCCGCCGCCGCCGCCACCACGCCCGGGGCCGCGCAGCCGGUCAGCUGCCAUGCUUCCAUCUCUGUGCCCAGAAGACACUUCUGCUCCCAAAGUCACCGUUUCCAGCUAGGAGCCCCCGAACUCGCCAGCUGCCAUGGAAACGGGCUGCGUGGAGGAGCCUGCCCGGACCGGGUCGCAGUCAGUGCUGUGCGGGCAGCAGGAGGGAAGCAGCCAGCAGCGGGAGGAGAAGGAGGAUGGGCUGCCCGAGGGGGGCAACGCCUCCCUGCUGCCUGCCGAGCUGCAGCAGCCUCAGCCGCCUCCCGGCAAGCUGAAAAAAACGGCGUUCAAACUGUUUGGAGGGAAGAGGAGCAUCUGUACCCUGCCCAGCUUCUUCGGAGGCCGCAGCAAAGGCCAAGGGAAAGCAGCCUCUAAAAAGGGCCUCAGUAAGUGCAAGACUCACGACGGGCUCAGCGGCGCUGCCUGCGAGGCGGGCGAUGGGGCUCAGCUGGAAAGCCCUUUGGAGGGGAGCAGGGACUCCCAUCCUUGCCCUUUGCCCAGCUCCCAAAGUGCUCACGUGGCCAUCGACUCCAGUGCCAAGUUUGAUGUAGGCCAGCAGGACAGCUCUCCACCUGGGAGCAUCGAGGGCUCUGAGAAAAAACCCAGCGGGGAGAAGUCCUCCUUCUCCAGACCUAAAAAAGGCCUGAAAGGGUUUUUUAACAGCAUCCGGCGUCACCGGAAGAGCAAAGUGACCGAGUGUGAGAAAACAGAGCUCCACGAGUGGCCUGGGGAUUCUGAGGAGUCCAGCAAAGCUCCUGGUGUGGGGGUGGAGAGCCAAGGGGCCGUGGAGGGAAGGGGCCUGGGACCUGUCCCUCUUGCCUGCCCGGGGAGCUCGGAGGAUGACCACUUGCAUGGCACAGCCACCAACAGUGGGGAAACUGCUGAGCCCAGCUGCCUGGCAGCUGAUGAAGGGAGCACUGAGGGUAAUGUGGUGGUGGUGGUGGCAGGGAAGAAGGAUGUUCUGGAUACACAAUCAGAGGCUGAUGCUGCUGUCUGUGCAGAGUUUGACCGUGGCAGUCUGCUACUGGCCUUUCAUCCGGACUUGAUGGACAAUGACCCAACCUGCCUACACUCUGGGGACCUCCUCAGCCUCAUCUUAGGAGAUGCCACAUCCCUGAAGAGUUUUGAUUCCCUGACAGGGUGUGGAGAUGACAUUGCUGAGCCCGACAUCACUGAGAGCACCAUCUCUGUGGAACGCAGCAGGGAUGCUGCUAAACGGAGCUCCUGCCUGGUCACCUACCAGGGUGGUGGGGAGGAGAUGGCCAUACCUGAGGAGGCAGAGGAGUACCUCCACCAGAUGUGGAACAGCAGCGUGGCAGGGGACAGGAGCUACGAAGCCCAGGUGUCGAGUAGCAGUUUGGAGACCCAUGCCUCCCACGAGGCAGAAUCCCACCCCUACAUGGAUGGUGUGGACCACCUGACACCACAGAGCGACCAGCAAGAGUCUGCCCCUAAUAGUGACGAGGGUUAUUACGACUCCACCACCCCGGGGCCAGAGGAUGAAGCUGGAGAUGGGCUCAGUGAGAUGAAGAAAGAAAGACUUCCCAGAGACAGUUACAGUGGGGAUGCACUUUAUGAGUUUGACACGUUGGUGAGUCCCUCGCACGGGGACGAAUCCCUCUUUGAGGGCAAAAUCUCACGCCCGGGGAUCUUCAGCUACUUCAUGGACUUCUGCCUCCCUGCUGAGAAGAGCCUGAACCAGAUCCUGGAUCAGAAAAGAGGGGUGAUGGAGACGGAAGAAGAGCGACUUGCGGCCAUUCAGAAGGAGCUGCUGUACUGGGAGCUGCAGAGGGAACCGGGCUUGAAACGCCUGGGUCUUCCCAGCAAGGAGAAGUGUCCUCGGGAGAAGCAGUGUGUUGAAUGUAAAACCAGAGCAGCCAGCUCCAUGGGCAAGAGUCAGAGUGGCCUUGGUAGCGAGCAGAUGGCCUCGCACGCCCCGAGCAGGGGUGUGAAUAGUGGGGUUUCAGUGGCUAGAGCUGAAAAUCCAGAGUGGAGGGAUUUUCCGGGGACUCUUUGUCCGGAGAACUGUUACAACAGCCAAAAAGCCCAAGGAAGUUGCCUUAUCCAGCUCACAAAGAACAACUCGGGCUUCGAUUCGGACCUGGAUUGUGGGUUGUUUGGGGGCUCCAUCCACAGCAGCAUAGCCCCAGCCAAAGCCGGGGUGUUCCCUGGCUACAGACUCCUGGAGCCUGAGCAUGGUGGGGGAGCAGAGACCCCCCCUGGUGACUCCCAGGUGGGCAGUGAAUGUGAGCCCGAGCACGCCGUGAACUUCUCCCAGGCGCUGGUGGAGUUUGCCAGCAGCGGGACCCUCUUCUCCAGCCUCUCAGAAAGCCUGGGCAGCUCUGCCUCUGGCUCUUCCUUUACCCAGAACCUCCCUGCCCUCCCCACCAUGGUCACCUUCGACGUCGUCGACGUGGAGCAGGAAGGAGAAGGGGAGUGUGAGCAGCACCCCGAGAUGAAUGCCGGGGAGGACAUCGCCGAGGCCUUUGACGACGGUUACGGACAGAAAGAGUCCUUGGCUGAAUGUGACGAGAGAAUGUCCCCGGGGUACUCCCCGGGCUCCUUCCAGAGCUGCAACUGGGGGGUUGCCAGCCUGCCCCGGCACCUGCGGCUCCACGGGCUGAGCCCCUCCAUGCCAGCACCGCUCUCUGUUGACCGCAGGAGCCGUUCGCUUGACACGGAGAGCCUGGAGUUUGAGCUCGGAGACUCCCAGGUGGCCAGGAGUGGCCCUCAGCCCUGCCGGCUCUGGUCCAAACGGGAAGGUGGCAAAAAGGACUCGGGUGGAGCGAGGAGGAGCCGGAGCAAGGAGGAGGGUGAGCUGGUGGCUCCUGAUGGGGGGUUGAGCUGGCCGGGCUUCCAGCACCUCCAGCACGACUCCGGCACGGCUGCAGGGGGGAUGAAGCACUGGGGCUUCUCUCCGACUGCCACGCUGGAGAGUGCCUGGGAGCCAUCGGAGCCACCGGGAACCCUGUCCCCUUUCCUGUCUCUCUCCCAGAGUGUUGCUGGAGAAAUUCCAGAGAGGAGGCCUCAUGAGCUGGAGCUGAGCAGGCACCCACUCCGGCCCUCCAAUUUACCUCUGCAGCCUGACUGCAGGCGAGCCCGGGAGGCGGCCGGUUCCUACAGGUACCACGGAGACAUCGCGGCCAAAAACCUUCCCCACUCCUUACCCCUGGGAGAAACCGAGCCCCAGCUGCCCCCAGGCUUCAGCUUCUCCUGCUCCCCAGAGAAACACACCAAGUGCAAACCCGUUGGCAUCGCCCAGGGGAUGCCUCAGCAUCCCAACGGCACCGCUGACACCAGAAAAAGCCCAGAGCGCUGUGGGGAGCCCCUGAAAGGCAGAACCCCCCCGGGCCACGUGCUGCCUGUUGGCUGCCAGAGCGCUGCCAUGAAUGUCACCGAAGCCAAAUAGCUGCUCUGGUGGGGUUGGAGCCACCUCUGGGAUUUGGACGCUAAUGCUGAGGCACUUCCAUGUUUUCCAGCAGCAGCCCCUGGCGUGCGCUCACCGUGCUGCUAGAGUAGGAGCUGAGCAGGGAACUGUUGCCAGCGAGGCAGGUUUGGGGGUUUUCUGCAGGAUUGGAGCUGGGGGGAACAAGCCUUGGAGGGAAGGUUUGGAGAGAAAUGGGGCUGGGGUGUUUUUGUUUGUUUCCUUCCUCUGCUGGGUGAAACGUUCUGGAUCAGGCUCAUUUUGAAUGUCUCCCAUCUCGGUUUCAGUUUGGGGAGGCUGGGUGGAAGGAUGCUGGUUAUUUGCAGGGUGAGGACAGGAGGCAAGUGAGCUAAAAGGGGAGCUUUGCAGUAACAUUUUUUGUAUUUUUAAAUUUGGUUUUCCCCCAAAGGAAAGCAGGAGCUUUUACAUUUUCCAGGUCUAGUUUAAAUUUUCUCAAGAGAUCCUGCAUAGGGACAGAUGUGCUGUCAUUGGUGUCCCUUUCAGGAACAAAGUGUCUGUCCCUUCUGUGCUGUGCUCUCUUCACAGUACAUAAUUCCUGCUUGAAACCUUUCCUGUGCUUUGUCCCAUGCUGCUCACCUCUCCAGGGCCAUGGGCACAUGGACAAGGUCUUUGAAAUAAGCUAAAUUUGCAUUGUGCCUGUAGCUGUGAAGUUGCAGGUGCUGUUGCUUUCUUCAAAAUUAAGUUUUGGUGGUUGGUUGGUUGGUUGGGGGUUUUUUAAAUUAUUUUAUGAUUGUUUUCUUUGCAUAGACAAGGAAAGCAUUCUGUUAAUUGGAAUACAGGCUAUAACGUGGCCUUCAUUUGGGUCUCACGACUUCCUCCUCCUAACUGGAGGGACCAAAAAAGCCAGAGGCUGCUGCAGGUUUUGGAUUUCUUUUUUUGCAGUCUGAAAGAGCAGGGAGGAGGGACACCAGCUGAGGAGACAGGCUUUGUGUGGGGAUGGAAACAUCUGGAAACAUCUGCUUCAGGUUGUUGGUCCUUGAAGUGUCUCCCACGUCCUCCGUGGUCUAAGACACACUUGUCCCUAAACCCAACCUCCCUGUCUGUGACUUGCAAAGCUUCUGCCUCCUGCCCAGACUCUGCGUUUGGAUUUUAAUUCAGUCACCAGUGAUGAUUUUUGUGUUUCCUCCCCCGAGAUGCCCCUUUUCUGCUUUGUGGCUCCAGCUGGAAGUGUCAGCAGCUCCCUGCAUUGCUGUAUUUGCAGCUGGUUUGGGUUUGGUUUUUUCCCUUCCCAAACAAAAUGAGCUCCCAGUGUUUCUUUUUUAGAAGAGACUGCUUAGUGCCAUACCCAUGUGUACUUAGGAAGGAGCAGGGAAAGGCAAAGCUUCCACUUACUUAGGAGUUUUUUCUUUCCUGAACAGACUGCCAGGACUCCAGUAGACCCAUCCCUGUAUCCAUGGGCUUAAACCUUAUUUUUUCAGUAUUUUCCUAGCAGUGCUUCUGCAGGGAGGUACUGCUGGAACUCACUGGUCCCCACGGUAUUUUUCCUCCUACUGCUCAGUGAAGCAGGAGAGAAUUUCAUGGGACAAACCUGGCUUUUGCCACUCCUCCUGCAUCCCCCACCUGGAGGGGGAGGAGAAGGUGGUUCCUCCCCAUCUCUGAGGUUGUGGGUGCUCUCCUCUCAUUAGCAGAGGCUCCCAAAUACUCCCUCACUGGAACAGGCUCCCCCCUUGCUCAGAGGAAGGGCAGGCUUAGAGCUCAGCACUGCACAUCUCCCCACCACUCACAAAAUAAAAACCACAAAGGACUCCACGCCAGCAGCCAUCUCACCCAGACCUUCACUCUUGUUGCUUGGCCUGAGCAGCAGCCCCUUGCUGGGGCUUUAAUUACUCUUUUAUUUCCAGCGUGUCACCAAAGGCAUCCCGUGGGGUGAGGGGCUUUCCUGCCAUUGGUUUGGAGAUGGUGCAGCCUUUGCCAAAGCCUUGGUGAGGUGUGGAAGUGUCUUGGUGCUAAACUGAAUGUUCUGUUGCAAAUGCAUGUCUCUAGGAAUAAUUCUUUUUUGGGUGGUAGGUACGUAACAAAAAGCUUUUAGACCUGAAUGUCUGGAAAGCAAUACAGCCAAGACUUGAUAAGCUGACUUCAGACCAAAGGCUUCUCCUCUUUAAUUUGAUGCAAGCUAAAUGAAGCAAACAUCUAUUGAUCUAAAACGAGUUUUCUAACAGCGUUUUGGAGCUCAUUUGCUGGAUUAUUGGCACAUUCUGCUCCAUUAACCCAAAGAAAUAAGAAUUUUCAAUGCUCUAACCCAGCCUGUGAAUUAUCCCUGCUGUAGAGAGAUUGGAUUUCACUGCCUAAUGAACUGCUCUCCCUAAAAUCCCCAUCUGUCCUGGGAUAAAUAGGAGCAGACCUUCUGGUCUUGAUCAGGAUCAAUCCAAUAGUCCAACACUGCUUUACCCAAGGAACUCAGAUUUGAGAGUGGGAAUCGAGGCUUUUUUUAUCAAAAAAAGGGCUUCCAAAUCAGAAAUAUGUCAUGAAAGUCAGGAACAGCAAAUUGUCUUGCCAAGUUAUUUAGGAAAAACCUUCUCUCUAGGAACUCUCCUGGAUUCAUCCCUCACCAGGGGAUGAAUUGUGGCUGUUAAAUUGCACCUAAACCGCUGACAUUGGGGUCAGGCUACCAAGGAACUCUGUAUUGCAUUUUGGGGACUUUGGGGUUGGGUUUUUUUUUUAUUGUUUUGUUGUUGUUUGUUGUUUUUAUACACAUAAGAAAAAACGGUCAAUUUUCUCUAUUUUUGUAUAGUUUUGCAUUUUAUAUUCACGGGGAAAUUUUAUGGACUCUUCUUUUACUCCUGUCUUUCCAAGUGAUGUGGUUUACAGUUCUGAGGAAGAAAAGGCAAUUUUGGGGUUUUUUUGCUGCUGCUGCCCACUGCCCGUGCAAUGCCAGGAAACCACCUCGCUCCUCCUGUCCUCCAACAUCUUCUGCUUUAUUCCCAGGGCCAGUUCCCCAUCCUGGCCUGGUACCAACACACACCCACUUUCUUUGCUUUUGUUUUAAUACCACUUUGUCACACUUGUCGCCUCUUAUCUCUGUUUUGUUUAUCUUCUUGUUUAAGCUUUGGUUUUUAAUCUGAAUUUGUGGACUUGGGUGAUUUCUCCCCCCAAAAGUCUUGUUUUGACCGUCUGUGAAACCAGAGAAGCAGUUGUUGGGGGAUUUUCCCCUCUGUGUGCUUAAAUUAUUUUAUCCAAAAUUGGGGCUUUUCUUGAUGGUUGGUGUGUGGCAAUGCUCUUGAGAGGCUGGUGACAAAUUUCUUCUCCUCUUAGUGCUCCCUGGGACAAGAGCUCAACUUCUGCCCUUGCAUCUUCUGCUUCGUGUCUGGGGACUGCUCUUGAAACAAUCCCAGGGUCCACGUGGGACUUUCCACCUUUCCUCCUCCCCUGGAGUCCAGGGAGCUCCAGCAUUGCCAGAACCUGUAAAACAUCUUCCUGGAAUAACACUGCCUUGAGUUUUGGGAUCAGAAAUGCCAAGGAGAUCUCCUAAAACCCAGCACUAAAUUAACACAGCUCUUCUUUUGCUUUUGUUUCUUUGGUUUGGUCAACCGAAUGUGCUGCUUUGUUGGCUCUGCUCUGGAGGAGUUGUGUCCCUGCAGAGGCUGCCACCCUGCGUGGGGUGUAAGGGCUGAAAUAACUUCUCCAGCAAAGGCCACAGUGAUUAAUUGAGAAGACAAGAGCAAUGUCCAAAAAAAAAAGGCAAGUAAAUUGCUGAAAAGCUAAAAGGUUACAGCCAAAAGCAAUUUUUCCCCCUUUUCUUUCCACUCCUCACCACAAUGCCAGCAGAGAUGGUGAUUGCUGCUGAGCCUUUUGGCUCUCUGUGGAUUUUCAUGUCUUCUAAUGAAACAGCUCUCCACACAACAGUACUUUCUCAAUUUUUUCUUAUCUAGGUUUGCCCCGGGCUGGGCAGGUCAGGUCACUCAGUGAACAUUCCUGGGGUGCUUGGACCCUUUUGCAUUCCCUCUGCCCCUUCUUGUUGCAGCUGCCUCCUCUCCAGCUGGGGCUGCCUGCUCCUCUUGCUGGUAUCAGGUCAUCCUAGAAGCUGCACUUGGGUGAAGUGAGAAAUUAAAAUCUAGAAAAGCCUCUCAGUUCUAAAACAAAAAAAUUAAUAAUUAGCCCUUGUCCCAGGUCACCCCGUGCUUCAGCUCUGCUGUGGGGCUGGGAACUGAGGCAGCUCCUCCCAGGCAACUGACUUGCCUCAAUUUGGGAUUUUUGUUGCUUUCCUUUUUUUGUUUUCUUUCUGGUCUCAUUGCUACUAGUCCUUUAUACUUCUUAAUGUAUUGAUUGUGUUUUAAAAUGAAUGUUCCUUUCACUGAAUUCUAAUGAAUAAACUUCAGAUUUUUAGAGAAUAUCU